AUGCAAUUUGAAGAGCCUCUUGAUAAUUUCCUCUCGCACGACUGGCCUGUUGGAAUCAGUGAUUAUGGACACUCAAGAACACCUAUUCACCAAAAACCAUACUUCCAAGAAGAGAUCAAGGCACGAACUCUUGGAAGUAAACCAGCAGCUCAACUGCUAGAGACACUGAAGCCUCGAUAUUGGUUUUCAGCUCACUUACACUACAAAUUCGCUGCUGCUGUUCAACACAUGAACGAUGAUUUAUCAGGGACUAAAUUCUUGCCUUGGAUAAAUGCGGUCCAGGGAAAAAAAAUUUACAGAAUCAGAGGGUGUACCUUUUGA